AUGAGGGGAGCAUCCACCGCCGCUUGCAAGCACGGGACGCCCGGGCAGCUCAUCGUGCUUUACGCGGCCGUGUUACUCCUCGCCAUCGGCACUGGCGGGACGCGCUUCAACGUGGCGACGAUGGGCGCGGACCAGUUCAGCAGCUCGCGCGACCAGGACACCUUCUUCAACUGGUACUUCGUGUUCCUCUACACAUCCUUCCUGAUCGGCGACACGGCCAUCGUCUACCUCCAGGACGAGGUAUCCUGGGCUCUGGGGUUCGGUGUCUGCCUCGCCGCCACGGGCGUCAGCUUGGCCUUGCUUCUCGCUGGCGCGGGGUACUAUCGGAAGCCCGCGCCAAAGGGCAGCCCGUACGCGGAGCUUGCCCGCGUUGUCGUGGCUGCCGUGCGCAAUGGCCGUGCCGACGUUGGCAGCGCGCGGUACUACGUCGGAGACGAUGGCUCCAUCGCGGACUCGGCCGGCGAGGGUGCUCCAAGCAAAAGACUAAGAUUUCUUAAUUGUGCCGCCAUGAUCACCGCAACCGACAACGCCAUGGAGACACCACCCGGUGGCCGCCGUACCGGCAGCUGGAGGCUGUGCACGGUGCAGCAGGUCGAGGACCUCAAGUCCCUGCUCGGCGUCCUCCCGGUGUGGUCAGCCGGCAUAACGCUAAGCGUGUCGAUCGGCGUGAUGAUCGGCAUGAUCGUCCUGCAGGCUCUCGCCAUGGACCGCUCCAUCGGCGACCACUUCAAGAUUCCGGCGGGGUCCAUCACCGUCUGCACGCUCGUGGCUUUCAUCGCUGUCACCCCGGUCCUGGACCGUGCCGUCUUCCCGCUCUGGCGUCGGAUCGCCGGCACGCCGCCCUCGGCGCUGCAGCGCGUGGGGCUCGGCCACGUGGUGAACAUCGUGGGCAUGGUGGUCGCGGCGCUGGUGGAGCGCCGGAGGCUGGGCAUCGUGCGCGAGCUCCAUGACGCCGACGAGGCCACUGGGUGGGUCACCCCCAUGUCCGUGUUGUGGCUGGUACUCCCUCUUGCCGUCGUGGGCAUCGGGGAGGCCCUCCACUUCCCAGGAAACAUGGCCUUUUACUACCUGGAGUUCCCUAAGUCGUUGAGGAGCUUGGCGACGGCCAUGGCGCCGCUGCUCAUCGCCAUGGGGUUCUACCUCGGCACGGUGUAUGUCGACGUCGUGAGGCGAGUCACGCCGUGGCUGCCCGGGAACAUAAACCAGGGGAGGCUGGACAACGUGUACUGGACCUUGGCUGUUGUGGUGACUAUCAACUUCGGCUAUUUCCUAGUUUGUGCCAGACGAUACAGGUACCAGGAAUCAUAUCAUGCAGUUGCUAUUAUCAAGGGGCACAUUUGA